AUGAGCUAUCCCCCAUCGGCGGCUGCGAAUGUUUACAAAAAAGUUCUUCAUCAAUGUGCAGCUGCGAUUUGUUUCACAAAUGGUUUUGAUGCUGCAGAACAAGGCAUCUUGGAGGUUAUAACACAUCUUAUGACAAGCUAUUUAAAUGCAAUUUGUUCAAACUCUUCUCUCAAUUGUGAAAUAGCUGGAAGAACUGUCGUCAUUCCAACAGAUGUAUGGUUGGCUUUGAUCAAUAUGGGACAUGAUGUCACAAAGCUUCCCGGUUUUUUAAGCAAAAUCUCAAAUGGUACUCUUGUUAUACCGCCUCCAAAAGUGCAAUCCCCUCCUCAGAAUAAUGCUCCGUUACGGGUAGGAAGAUGUCGUCCUCAUCCACAACAUGUGAAUGAGUUUUUGCCUUCGUUUCCUGAUCCUCACACAUAUAUUCGUACAGAAAUUUCAGGUGAACCCGAUACUUCCUAUGAAAAGGUCCGAGAAAUGGCUUCACAAAGAAAACGAGAUACAGAAACCUCUCUCAUAAACUUCAUGCUCCGUGUACAUCCGCGAACUAGCCUUUUUCGAGAUUAUGAGACAAAGCUGAAAGAUGAAGCGGCCAAAGCUAUGAGCGAACGUGAACGGCAGAAAGACGCUAGGAAAAGAGCGAGGAAGCAGGCCAAAGUUGCCGAAAAAACCCAGAAAUCUAUGACAAACAAUAACAGUUUGCCUGAUCAACUAAUUGAUGAUUUUCUUGAGGAUUCGAAUAAGGAGGACGCUGUUAUAUUAUCUGAUAGUGAGGAAGAAGAUGACGGUUUUGAGCUAGAAGAGACAGAAAAUAGCAUAAUCCUAAGAUGGAUGCCUCCUUUUUGUUCAGUGCUUGACCCAUCUUUGGAAACAAGGCCUUACUUAUCAACACUUGUCACCGAUGAAAUACAGGCAAGCUAUACUAUUCAUCAUUAUGAGAACAAUGAAUCUUCUUCCACUGAUCAGCGCUUGCAACAAACGAUUAGUUUGGCAUCUGACGAUCAUACUUAUGACAAUGCAUUCCUUAGACCUCCCAGGAUACCAACAAAGGAGGAAUAUGAGGAGAUGGAGUAUUGA